AUGAUUAGAAGAAGCAACAUUGGAGAAUCUCUUUCAGAAGAACUUGAAGUUAUUUCUGCGAUAUAUGCAGAUGAAUUUUCUAUUUUGGAACCUGAGAGCAGAGUCUAUGAAAUCAAGAUUCGUCCAGAUAUUGAAAACAUUUCAAAAGAAGAACAUAUUAUUUUAAAAUUUCAGCAUAUUAAUGGCUAUCCUUCGACAAAGCCACUAAAAUAUGAGUUGCAUGCACCAUGGCUUAAGUAUAGUGUUCUCAGUGAGUUGGAGAAGCAGUUAGAACUCAUAGUUUUAUCUUCACUUGGCUCACCUGUCGUUCAUUUGUUAGUUGAGUGUAUCCGAUCAUUCAUGUUGGAUAACUUGUCUUCAAAUACUGAGAAACACACCAUUCCUGGAGUUAAAGUACCAGCAUCAGGAUCUGUGAACACUGGACUUCAUAAACAGUUGAAUGCUGUUGUCUCAGUCCCUUCAGUGAAAUUCCAUCUUGACAUAUCUCCUGACAUCUUAUCUUUUGCUUCCAACUCGAAAGCACCAACAAUUUACCAUGGUGAACCAUUUGUCGAUCGUAAAAGCAUUUUCCAGGCUCAUUCUUGGCGUAUCUCUUCAAAAGAAGCUGACUGUGAUGAUGAUGGAGAAACACAUGCAGGUGGUCGAUUAUUACAUCUACUUACACUAUCAGGAAUCGAAAAGAUAGCAGUUAUGGUAAGUCGAUGGUUUGGCGGUAUCCAACUUGGUCCUGAUCGAUUUAAGCAUAUCAAUAAUGUUGCACGUCUUCUAUUGACUGAGCAGAAUUUCUUAUCGAAUUCCACCGUUGACAGUAAUGUGCGAAAACAAGAACAACAUAAAAAAGACAGAAACGCUUGA